UCUUGUGCGAACCACAAGUUAUUGCUUGUUUCUGCUCUCUACGAAUAGUGAAUUUUGAAAAUCAUUACUCUCAUUUGAGUAGACAUCGGACUGUUCAACAGAUUUGGACUAAGGAUUCCCUCACUGCCUUACUCAUUAACGUGCUACGACCUCGGACUGUUUUUUGGAUUAGGCUACCUACCUACAUAGUUUGUGUCCUGGUGAAUACAAGCAGUAGACGACUUGAAGUGGAGUGGAAAUGCCGCGUCCCAAUAAGCGGUCCAUGGCGGCCAAGAAGAGACAGGCCGAGUUGAGGUCCACAGAGAUGCAGAGUAAGAGGUCUCUGGUGGGAAAUGCACUGGAUGAGCUGGGUUCCAGUGACAAGGUUGGGCGUCCUUGUGAAGCCCAACCAAUCUCAAAAAACCUUCCAAUACCUUCCAAUACCUUCCAAUACCCUCCAAUACCUUCCAAUACCCUCCAAUACCUUCCAAAAACUGUCAAAACUUGUCAAAACUUGCCUACAAUUGUGCCUGAAUAUCCAACAAACCAACCUACUGUUACAAAUUCUGUGAAAGAAUGUGUCUGUAUAACUGAGCCUUGUGUUCCAGAGAGAUCUGUGCUGAUGGGGUCUUUUCAUCAAGGUCAUGCACGGUUUGGAAAUGCACGUAACAAGCAGUGUGGAGCCAUCAGUCUGACUGCAGUUUUGAUGUGCAAGAUAAAGAGUGUGUUGACCUGGGAACCUGAAGAUUUAGAUGAAGUUUUGGUCCAAGGCACACCACGCUUUGAAUUAACCGGAGUCAAUGCAAGAGUAAUUGAUGGCAGCACCCAGAUGAACAAUGCAUCCAGCUGUACCACAAGCUCUGCAAACUGCCUUCCAGUCUACAGCGAUGUGAUGAAGGAGACGUGGCUCAAUGUAGACACUGAAGAAGAGCCACAACUUCCAGGAUACGUCUUCAAACACAAUCCGAGAGGAAACUGUUACGAUGACUCUGAGCCAGCCUUUGCAGCUCUGAAACCACAACAAAGAGUUACUACAGGUCAUCUUUGAACUUGAAAAGCAUCCAGGGAGGAAAAUCAUAAUGGGAGACUUCAAUGAGGAUAUCUUUGUAUCGUCCACAAUUCUCAAGUUACUGGAACGGCAUGGAUAUACUCAACAUGUGCAAGCAGCUACAACAGAAAAAGGUACAUUAAUAGAUCAUGUCUACAUUAAAGACACAGUAGAUGUUGUUGUUGAAGUUGUGCAGACAUAUUACAGUUUUCAUGAAGCAAUCCUGAUCUCACUGUUGUAAUGUUUUUUUGUGAUUAAUGACAUUUAUCUUUGAAUUGGUAAGUAUUUAUGUUCUGACUAUGUUUUAUAGGACAUUAUUAUGAGUUUAUGUUUGCAUUAUUCCGUCCGCUAAGUGGGGUUUGGGUGGGUGGUGGAAAGGAGAGAGUGUAAAACUGGACGGCUCCUUGCAGUGGAUGGGAGGGU